UUUGAAAUUACUCAGCAUCCACUACAGACAAGUCAAUGCUAUCUGCUCAAUUCAUCAUUUUUAUUGUGCUCUCGGUUGGUUAUGCUAUGGCAAUCAAUGUAGCUGAUAUCGCGGAAUGUCCUGCACUUCCCGCUCGUCAGACUCCUGCUAGAGACGUCACGGAUCUUCGUAUAGAUGAUAUCAAAAUCAUUGCUGGUUUAGGUGAUAGUAUUAUGGCAGGCUUAGCCAUGAACGGCAUUGACUAUGAAAACAGUGGGGUAUUCAACUUGAGUUUGAUUUCCGAAUAUCGUGGCAAUAGUUAUGCUGUAGGUGGUAACACUGGUGCCAUAACACUUCCUAACUUUAUUAAAAGAUACAAUCCUAAAGUCCGAGGUGCUUCCGUUCAUUCGCAUGUAAUUUCCUUCUGUACGAAUCCUUAUUGUGGAUUACCUACAAGCUUUUAUCGACCUUUUACAGAUAGAUUGAAUGGAGCUCAAAGUAACGCUAUUGCCAAAAAUUUGGAUUACGAGCUUGAUUAUCUUAUUCCCCGUAUGAAAGCUUAUUAUAUAUUUAGUUCUAGCUUUAAAAAUGACUGGAAAAUGAUCACCAUUAAUAUUGGCACCAAUGAUCAAUGUUCAAGUUGCAGUAGUGAAUCAGAAGCUUACACGACGCCAGAAGCUUAUGGAAAGUAUGUGGAAGCGGCUAUCCUUCGUAUCCAGAAGGAAAUACCUAAAGUUGUAGUGAAUUUACUGGGCACGUUUAAAGUAUCCGGCAUUUUUCCAUUAUCUGCUAAGAACAAGUCAUAUUGCGUGAAGAACGGAAUACUAGAGAAUAACAAGGAAUGUGCAUGCUCGGGUUCUACUGCUAAUAUGACUAAAAUGGAUGACUUAUCAGACGCUUACAAUGAAAAAUUGUCUAUACUUGCUGCCAAAUAUAAAGGUGUUGUGGGGGGAACCUUUGCUGUCAUGUACAGUCCGGCCCCUAUUGACUUUAGCUCGUUCCCUAUCAAUGCUCUGAGUAAUGUUGAUUGUUUUCAUCCUAGCAAGAAGGGGCAUCAGUGGUUUGCAAAGACUUUAUGGAACCAGCUUUUUAUAAAAAGAAGUCUUAAGCCUUCAGUCAUUGGUUUUCAGGAAAAUCUUUCUAUUUACUGUCCAACCAGCGUCGAUAGGCUUCCUACUACCAAUGCCUAACCUAAUAGUUUUUUUUUUUCUUAUCUUUUAUGAAAGUGUACCGUGCAUACCUUUAUGUGAAUAAAAAAUUAAACAAAGACCCGG